AUGCAGAAGCUGCCAGAUGGGGUUCGACUGGAAUGGAACAGGGAGCCCUUUGCUGUAGUUUUCAAGCCAAGCGACUUCCCAGUGGUUGCGGAUCACGGUCACUGCCUCACGGCUUGGGCAUUGCAGGCUCUUGGGGGCAAGUGGGUGCCAGCUUCGGCUGCCAGGGAUGCAACAGCAGGUCUGGUGCUGCUAUCUCGGCCUGGAUAUGACCGAUCGAGCGUGCCGAUCCGAGGGACCUAUGCACUGCUUAUCACCGCGAAAGAUCAGCACGAGGGUUUUCCCCAACAUGUAGAAGAGGCAUUGGAGUUUUUCGGGGGUCUAGAUCAAGAAGCCAGGCUUGUGACAAGCACCCCUUCCGGGCACUUCGGCCACAUCGCAACGAUCGAGAUGGACUGUUGCUUAAGCGGUCCCACGGCGGUCACACCACUGGAUGCUGUUUUGGCUGUACAAGAGCUGGGCUUCGCGGUUCUCCGCAUAGCCAAGGGACGGAGCCGUGAUGUGAUUGACCCGCAUGGGCAAGCUCAAAACAGAAGUCAGCUAGACGUCUUGAGCGGAACGUGCGUCGAGGCUGUGCGCCUGGCGCCAACUGAUGCCGAUGCUGUCCAGCGGGAUCUCCCUGUGAAAUGGUCCAGCUUCCUCUCUCUUGAAAGAAGCCUCGCAGAGCAAAAGGUGCAGCGAGAGACGGUGGAGUUUUGUGGUUUGCAACUUCUGGUGCCAUCGGAACAACUUCGACCUCGGAAGUCCUCGGCUCCCUUAGUCCACACUGCUAUCGAAUGCAUGAAGACGCGGCAAGGAAGUUCUGUUCUCGAUCUGGGAGUUGGUUGUGGAGCGUUGCUGCUGGCCGUCCUCGCCAAGACAGAAGCCGUUGGAACGGGAGUGGACGUGGACGAAGGUGCCAUCGCAGCUUGCGAGGCCAAUGCAGAAAGCCAACUGCCUGCCAGCAAAGCGCGCAAUUUCAGCGUUGUUUGUGUCGACUUCACAAAGUUGGAUGCUCCGGAAGUGCGAGCCCAACUCCACUCAGAAGGAUACGAUGUCAUCAUCUGCAACCCACCCUACAGAUCUACAGCACAACAGGAGGCAUACAAUCAAGCUUCGGGCCAACACGGAGGCUACGAAGAAGGCGAGAAAACACUUGUUGCAGGAGAGACCGGUCUUGAGAUGUACGAGGCGAUCUCCAGAUGUCUUGUUAACGAUAUGCUUCAGGCGCAGAAGAGGCUCCUCUCACCGCCAGCGCCCAUUCUCAAGCUGGACGGAUCAUUGAUCUUCCAGGUCGAGGCCGGAUCCUUCGGACGUCUCGGAGGAGUGGCAAAGAGGGUGGCUGCUGCCAUUCACAAGGCAUCUGAUGGAAAGCUCAAGUUUCAGAGAAUCAUUCAAGACGAGAAGCAGCUGGAGCGUGCAAUUCUCUUGAAGUGGUCAUGGUGUCCAACAGCGCCCGAUUGGGAACCACUCCUCUGGCAGGGAUUGCGAGUCCUCUUGGAGCAGCUCAAGGGCAGCUCACAUGAGCAGCGACGCUUGCUGCGCAGCGGCGUGUUGCCGUCAAUGGUUGCUACUCUCUUCUUGGAGCGAAGCAGCGCGGAGGCAGCUUCUGCAGCUCAAGAUGUCGCUCUGCUGGGGGGCUCCUCGCCCCGUGCAUCAUCUGGAUCCGACGGUGAGGAUGGAAAUCGCAUGCGCUCGAGUGCAGACAUGCGGCCCAGUGCAGCGCUGGCUGCUCUGACUGCAGCUGUAGAUGGGAGCCUCUUCGGCGAAAAGCUCCGAGCUUUUCUAGGCUGUGUGGUUGGCGAGCUCACAUUGGAAAGGCUGGUGCUGCUGCUAGCAGGUAUUCGGCGUCGCCCCUCUGCCGGCAGCAGCGCAGGACAUUGGAUCACAAGUUGGUACGAUGCUCUCCUGGCAUCCUUGCGCCGACUGCAAGGACGUUCCAGGUUGCAGCUGCUGCGAGCUGCAUCAGAGGUCACGGAAAGUUUCGAGAGGUGGCCUCUGGUGCUGUGUGCGGAGGAGCACGAACUCGCCAAAGCCCUUUCAACGGCUUUUGCCACCAGCGGUCAAGCUUUCCUGGCGCUGUGGCGGCAGCUGCACGGCACACGCCGUUUGCAACUUCUCUUCGCGCACCAUCCAAGGCUGCUUCUGCCAUCAUCGAGACUGCACAGGCGACAGGCUGUCCUUUGGCGAGUCCAUUGGUUGCUUCCAUGGCUCAAGCCUUCUGAGGGCAUUGUUUCAUCAUGCGUCGCUGGGUCUGAAUGCCUGGCCUUGCUCGCCCCGCGGCAGCAGCGCGCUGUCCACAGGGUGGGAGAGGAUCUUAUGGACAUCCUACACUGUUUGUCGGCCAAUCCUGGCAAUGCGGCCUACAGUGCCUGCGAGGAGGAGGCUGCCAUUGCCUCCUCCUGCCUUUCUUCCAUGUGUGAAACAGCUGGAGGUGAACUGCCGAUGUACCUCUCCGGAGAUCAUUUCCUGGGUUCUGGAGUCACGCCACUGCGAGACAGUCAGGCCAAGGAGUUGCUUGAGAUUCUGAUUCGAACUCCGUCGAUAGCAGUGAACCCGGCUUACGUUGCAAAGCUCAGGGGCUGUACCCUCUUUACAGAAGCAGGACGCAGUGAUGUGACAAUUCCGCUCAUCCUGUCCUCUCUCACGGUCUCGCCGAAGGCGAAUGCUAGAGGUCAACUUGCAAUUGUUGUCCGUGAGCAAGCCGGCUGUCCCAACUUAUCCGCCUCCAUCGACAGGUGUUGGCUUUUCCAGAUAGAUGCCAGACGGUCCGUCGUGGCACACACUAUCGACAAGUUGUGCGCAGCAGGCGCAGUGCUGGACACUGUCGUGGACCCUGUCCAGCAUGUACAAGUGAGUGAUACGUCAAGGGCUCGGGUGUACAACACUCUCGUUGCGCCGCUCGUGCAGGAGCAGACUUACAUGGAGAAGGGCAAUCGCGUUAUGACCGGUAUGAAGGACGACCAGAGUGCAGGAACGCUCGUGGCGACACCACAACUGACUUCAUUGCCCAGUCUCUUCAACAGUGUUCAAGGUCAACCCGACUUUCGAGCCGUCAAGGUCUUCAAGGUGCUACAGGUACCACCACCAGGACAGUCGGCUUCAAGCCGUGAACCUCCCAAUGAAAUUGCCCGAGAGCUGAAGAUGCUUGCUCUCGCACAGCGUCAUAGAGCGAUACUUUCCCUGCAUGGGCUUGUAAGGGUGCCGGCUGGAUGGGCACUGCUUACGGAGUGGUGCGAUGCGGGCUCCUUGUCGCAAAGAUUGAUCGCGGAAGGCAGGCAGUCCGAAGGCCAAGCCAUGCUGCUGCAGAAGCAGCUUCUGGCUGGCAUCCGGCACCUUCACCAGCGAGGAAUUGUUCACAGAGACGUGAAGCUCGACCACAUCCUGCUACACUCGAAGAGCAAGCUCGUGCUGUCUGGAUUCGCUCUUGCUGCUCCACUCUGCGAAGCACGUGAAGCUGCGGAGCCGGUCGGAACAGUUGGCUACAUGGCUCCGGAGGUGAUUCGUUACACGCCGGCCUUGGAGCCAGCAGAUGUUUUUGCUGCAGGUGUCGUGCUCUAUACCCUUCUGCUUGGCCAGCAACCUUUCGGUGCAGAAACGCCAGCAGAGGAGACCAAGUACAGGACAACUUGCACGGAGGCAGACUACAGCGGACUGAUAUUUCAGAAUGUCACUGGCCUUUGCCACCAUCUGCUGAAAUCCCUUCUGGAGAAAGAUCCGGUCGAACGGCCUACAGCGCUGGCGGCCGCUGAGGACGACUGGUUUCUGAUGGAUCCCAAGCAGCCCAUCAAAACAGAUGCAGAGGCGAAGUCACCCACGUCACCGGUCAUGGGUGCACGCCGAAGGAGAUCUGGCUUGGAUAUGUUGUGGAGAAGGCCGGCGCGCGCUUUCUCAGCACGUUCCACGAGGAACCAGCGGGCUUCAUCUACAACAUCAUCUCAGGACUCGCCGGUGCAGUCGCUGUCGCCACAGGCUGAGCAGAGGUCUAGAAAGUCCUCGCGUGGAUUAUCUCGCUUGCGUGCCUGGCUUCCCUUCAGGCAGCGGGACGACAUGCUGGAUUGCACGCAGCUGAGCGCUGUGGUGCAGAGGUAG